AUGCCGCCGCCAACCGGCAUCCGGCUGCGCGAUAGCUGCCAAUCGUGCGCGGCAUCCAAGACCAAGUGCUCCAAGGACAAGCCGCAGUGCGCUCGAUGCGCCAAGAGGGGUACAAAGUGUGAAUACCUCGUCACACAGCGGACAGGCAGGAAGGCCCUGGCACGGCGAGACAGCGAUGCCAAAGAGCAGAGCAGUGAUGCUGGUGUUCGACGCAAGAGUUUGAGCCGCUCAACGACGACGGCAACAUCCACAACAACAACAACGUCGUCGUCGUCGAGCAUGUACGACACACCAGACAUUCACAUGUCGGGGUGUGUAGAGCCGCAGGAUGGAGCAGCAGAGAUGUACAUGAUCGAGCCAGGGCUCGAGACACUCGACGCCGAUACUGCCGGUAGCAUGCUACCCGAGAUGAGUACCGUCCACGACGACUACUUCUCGCUUCUCCUCCCAGACGUCGACAUGUCGGCACUGGACCAGGUGUACGAUGCAAGCAGUGCAAGUGCUACUACAGACGCGGCGGCAUCCGACGUGCUGGCCCAACCGCUGCUCGGCGGCACCAGCGGCAUGCCUCCUCACGGCACAGCAGCAUAUGCAGCAUACACGCAGGGCAACGACGUAGCAGCGCCUGGGCACUCGCCCCGGGACCCGUCACCGCAGCAGCCCGACCUAGGCAUGCUCCUCGAUGCAGCUUGUCUGCCGGGCCAAACCCAGACGGGCGAGCAAACCGCCCAGCUGCUCUCCGAGAUGCAGAUGCCCUACUGCCAAACCGCCAUGCACCACGCCGCAGCCUCGCAGCAGCAGCAGGAGGGACUUACAAUGGCUCUGCAGCUAAUGCAGCACCUCUGCUGUCUGAGCGACUCGACAAGUAGUAGCAGCAGUAGCACUACAAUCCCCCUCUUUGGAGCCGGGCCCCAGCAGCCCCUCCGCCUCCGCAGCCUCAUGGACAAAUGCAGCAAAGCCACUGCAACAAUCAGCGCCAUCCUGCACGGCGACUCGUCCCACGACGCUUACUUCCUCGCCAUCGUUUGCCUCACAAUGUCAAAAGUCCUAGACGCAUACGUCACUGCGUCCCGUACCCUCGGUGCCCCAAUCACCACGGAUUACUCCAGACGCAAAUCCCGCUCCUCAUCUGCAUCAUCUUCGUCUCCGUCAGUGCUUUCGUCCCCGACUCGCCCGGAUUCCGCAAGGAGUAAUCGCAGUAGCGGCAGUGUGUCGCCGCCGGUUGUCCUGCAGGGGGAUCCUAAAGCAGUGCAGCAGUUGCUGGACGAGUUGUAUCACGUGCGCGCGUCUAUGGAUCUUCUCGGCGCGAAGAUAGCGGCUGUGGCGCCCGCCUCGUGCAGUGUGUUUGCCAGUAAUUUGUCCUUUUCAGCAGAGACGCUGAAUCGGCUUUAUGAGGAGCAAAGGCGGCGCUUGAAGUGUAUUUCGCUUUAUCUAAUUAAUAGUCUCAAGGCGUUUUGGGUCGAGGAGGCUUCGUUUUAA